UGACGAAAGUACUAUGGAUUAUGAGGAAAAGAUGGGAUGUCGAAUACUGUGAAAAAUAAUUGGAUUAUUGUUGCCCCGGUGAGGGUUUCGUGUGGUGCAUUGAAGAUUCGCGAGUUUGUUACACACAUCUACUUAUUUAAAUGUCUUUUAUUGGAGGAUGGCCGUACCUAAAACGAUAAUUAUUACAGCAGUUCCUAAAUAUGUUGACAGUGACGGUACUCUUAGUAAUCAAAUCGGAAUUAAAUUGAAGACCGGGAAUACUAUUUUAAAAUGUAAGAAUGACGCAACAAUAACCGGUAAAAUGGUUCUACCAAAUUCAAAUUCCAUCACAUCAACGGGGUGUGAAGAUUCACAAGUUAAAUUUCCAAAUAGAAAGAGGAGAUUAGACCAUUUAUCUUUGGAACAAAAGCUUCAAAGAAAAAAAUUAAAAAACAGAGUGGCUGCACAGACCUCAAGAGACCGGAAGAAAGCAAGGUUGGAUGAUCUGGAAGCAGAAGUAAAGGCACUCAGAGAAAAGAAUGAAGCAUUAACACUGCAUUGUCAUAAUCUCCAAUUGGAGAAGAUGCAAUUGGCUACAGAGAAUCAAGACCUGCGCCAGAAGUUGUCAAGCCAUGAGUGCAACCAUCAGACCCAUGAUGUCUGCUGUAGUACCCAAUUUGAACCGGCUGAGUUCAGCAUGGACCCUCUGCUGCAGGGACAGGCACUACAAUGGGCACUGGGCCCGGUGUUGCAGGUUUUGACUGUGUACAGGAUUCUACUGUAUUGCCAUCUCUCCCAGAUCUCCUCGAUAAUAUUGAUGGAGAUGUAUGUCUGUCUCACUUGGAUGAAUUGGCACAGAGUUUACUCAGAGAUGCUGCAGAAGAAAUGGAUGCAGAGCACAGACAAGCCAGUGCAGAGGUUGGAGCUUAUGGAAUCCAGGGAAAGACGAACAGUUAUAAAAUGGUGGGGUCAUCACCAAAAGGCAUGGAAACCAGUAGAGAACUGAUCACAAGUAGUCCUGUUUUAAAAUGUUCAGAGCAGUGCAAGACCAGUUCUGCAAGCAUUCCAAACAUUGAAGACUCCUCUGUGUGCCUUGUACCAAACCAAAAAGACACCUGUGACUCUUCAUCAGAAUCCGUGUUUGGCACAUACAAUGAAUCAACUCAUACUAUAACAAUAGUAGUACCUUGUGAAGAUGUGUGUGUAGAGGAUGCUGUUCAGGAGGUUGUAACCAGUGACACUGUAUCAGUGGUGCCAGCGCCCAUGCUUCACACUACACUCUGCAAAGAAGAAUCUGUAGAAAAUCCUGUUUCACCAUGUAGUAUAAGGACACUGGACAGCUUAUCUCCAGCACCCAGUUCACCUCAUCUGUACGACAAUACAGAGUCGUCUAUGAAAGUUGAGCCACCUUUAUCAGACUGUGGGUAUGAAUCUCUAGAUUCCCCACAGAAUGAAAUUUCAGGAACUGAACUUGAACUUAUGGACAUAUGGAGUGAAAGUUUUUCCCAUUUGUUUCCUACUUUAAUGUAAUCUGUUUUAACAAAUUACAUUUGCUGGUUUUAUAAGAACCAGGAAAAUUGAAAGAUUUAGAUAUUUUGUAAAUCCUGGUCAUACUGUAGGGUAAUGUUGAAUUUAGGAUUAAAAUAGUCAAACCCUGUGAAGAGUGGCCAACUUCGUUCAUCACCAACAUUAUUAAAGUGGUCACCUGGAACUUUUUGUUACAUUUAUUGAAUUUUAAGGAAACUUCUAUCCAGUGGAGCAUGUAGAUGGAGAUUUACCUACACACAUUUCCCUUUAGGGCACAGUGCUUAAGCAGAGAAGUAAAUUUAUCUUUUUAGACAUUAUUGUAUCAUUGUACAGCUCUGAUUUACUGUCACUGUAUGUAACCUGAUCUCAUUCCUUGAUGUGGUUAACACAAAAAAAGAUAUUUAAAAACCAGCUUACUCAAAUUGUAUUUGUAAACUGUAUGUAAAUUGAAAUCAGUAGAGCACAGACAUAUUGUAAAAGUACCAUCUUAAGCUUAAAAUGGUAUAUUUAUAUAGAGGAGACUUACAUGUUGAUGAAUAAAUGUAUGAGCUUAAA